GUCAUAAUAUAGGCUGGCACUGCAGACUGAAUUGUGUGACACUGACAGAGAAUGCCUCUCCGUUACUCAACGGUAACCACCAAACGCGUGCACUGAAAACUAGGGUUCUAAGGGAAAGGAAAACACUUAUCCGACUAUCUUAGUCUAUUUGACACGUCUGUACUGUUUUUUCUUCUCCUUCGCGAAUCGCGCUGCUACGUCGACUGCCUCUUGGAUGUUUGAAGGCUCUGUCCCAUUCAUUGUCGGGCAUUUCUGCUGGAAAACUCGAUUUGUGUGGAGAAGCUGCUGUUUGCACAGCCUACCCAGAGGAUCGCCUUGAAGACCUACUGAAGAGGUGUGGCGUUCCCAGAGUGAUGUCAUCAUGGGAGCUGUGAAGCCCCUCCCUCAGUAAGAUGUAGUGAGCUGAGAGGCGUGUUAGCGUGAAGAAGCCCUGCUGCGUGCUCCGGCGGUCGCCGCAGCCAUCGGAGAGGGGGCGGAGAGAGCGACGGGACACGUCAGAGGGAGAUAAGAUAAGCUGUUAAUUAUUUUCCAGAGAGCCGGGGACAGCGCCCGCCUGACUGUGCUGUUUGCUUUACUUCCCGGCAAACUGAAUUUUCGCUCCGAGGAGGAAUACAGCGCUUGCCCCCAGGAUAAGGAUUUUUGGCGGAUUUUUCCCCGGACCCCAGACCCGCGUAGGUGGACCUGGGUCAGACGGGCGCCAUGUGUCACGUGAUCGUGACGUGCCGCUCCAUGCUGUGGACCCUGCUGAGCAUCGUGGCGGCCUUCGGGGAGCUGAUCGCCUUCAUGAGCGCCGACUGGCUGGUGGGGUUUCCGCGGAUACCCGAGGCCAAGGUCGGGCACCACGGGACCCCGGAGCCCUACCGGCCCACGCUGGGCAUCUACGGGCGCUGCAUCAAGGUGACGGGCCACCGACGGGGGGUCCUGUGCGGGCCCUACGCCGUGCACUUCGGGGAGAUCGCCAGCGGGUUCUGGCAGGCCACCUCCAUCUUCCUGGCGGCGGGGAUCCUGCUGCUGUGCGCCGUGGCCUUCAUCUCCGUCUUCACCAUGUGCUUCCAGAGCAUCAUGAAGAAGAGCAUCUUCAACGUGUGCGGCCUGCUGCAGGGCAUCGCAGGUCUGUUCCUGAUCCUGGGCCUGAUGCUGUACCCCGCUGGCUGGGGCUCAGACAAGGUCCUGGCUUACUGCGGGCCCGACGCCUCGCCCUACAAGCUGGGCCUGUGCUCUCUGGGCUGGGCCUUCUACACCGCCAUCGGGGGGACGGUCCUCACCUUCAUCUGCGCCGUCUUCUCCGCCCAGGCUGAGAUCGCCACGUCCAGCGACAAAGUGCAGGAGGAGAUCGAGGAGGGCAAGAGCCUCAUCUGCCUCCUGUGAGGGGAGGAGCCUUCAGCGGGAUCCACCCAUGGCCACUCCCCUCACCGAGUGCCUAUCCCCAUUCAGUAAAGGGAUCAAGACAUUGUUUACCACUAGCUGGCCUAUCUGUCUCUCUCUUUUUUGAGUACAUCGCUGACUCUUUCACCGUUGAGUCAUUCUUUGUGUUAUUUUUAAAUUUUUUGCACCAUGACACCAUUCAGCGCUGCAAUCUCUUAAUGGUGUCAGCACUAGCUCUCCUGACACAUAAUGAAUUGUAAAUAAUUUUGUAUAUACUGUACAGUAUCUUUCCAGACAAUGUGGGAUUUUUGCUCCAGGCUUGAAAACCAGCAGAUUUACCAGACAGUGAUUAGCUACUUUUUUUUUGCCCAGUUCUUUGCCAAGUUGAAAUAACUGUACAACAAAACCACUAAAUGGUAAAUAAACUGUAAUGCUAGCAGUGUCCUCAAUUCAGCCUGGCUUUUCAGUUUCCUGUCAGUUUGCUGAAUGUAGAUGAGGAUGAGUUAAGAUGACUCUUGAAAUGUACUAAAAUGUGCCUGGAAUGCCUGCAUUGAUUACAGGUUCUCACUUGAUUAAACAGCAUCUUUGAUUCACACAUAACUCUUCUUUCCUGGACUGCUGGACUGUGGGAGUAGUGCCAUCUUCUCACUCCAAGAGGUUCAUCCUGUUUGUGAUCUUCGUUUGCCAGCUGAAGACUAAUGUAUCUUGCCUGUUCCUUACGCAAGCUGUGUAGGGAAUCCAAGCUACCCUGCUAAAUAUAUUGGGAAGAACCGGAUGCAAAAGCCAGGAACAGGCUUUGUGGGAGCGCAGUGCCAGUGGCUCUGUCCCAAAACCUCUGCUUUCGGUGCGUGACAUUAUCCAAUGUCCCUUUUCUUAGUUCCUGAGUCUGCCAAAGAAAAAGAAGAGGAGAGACUGGUGUCUGUUUUUGAAUUUGUCUCCUUACAGACCCCUUCUGGCCUCCAGCCUCGACGGAGGAAGCGAGUAGGAGUGUAGGACUCCUGACUUUGGUCUCCUGUUUCCACCAGUAGCCACAUCCUGGAGCCGCAGGGCCUCACAUACAGACCCCACCUUCAUCUCAGGAUCCCAACAGCAGUUCCCUGGGUGGGGUUGAGGUCACGUCAACAUCUGCGCACAAGCACCGGUGCUUCUCGCGUUGCUGAAAUACAUCAACACUCUCAAUAUGUGGGGCGGUGUGCGCAGUUCUGUUGCUCUGAGGAAACGGCUUCUCAUUUGUUGUCUGAACGGACCUGCUUCUGAAAUAUGGGGACAAUAUGUCAGGUGUUUUUUUUCCUUUGCCAAUGGGGAAAACGCUGAAUUUAAAGCUCUGUCUGUUUCUGGCUGUACUCUGUUGCUGCCUCCAUUUGUCCCAACGGGCCUGCAGCUCUACCUGAUUUCUCGCUGUUAUAGACCCAUCACGGUGUCUGUCGGGUUUUAUAUGUUUCAGUUCUGAAAGACCAGUCCCUCUGGCCGACACCUCAUCCAUAUCUCACUGAGGAUUCUGGGCCAGGAAGUGAGUCACAGUGACGCGUGCCACAGCACAUUUAAAAGCUGUAGCUCUGCCAUGUUCCAUUGGUACUGGGUCCAGGAAAACCCUCGAUUGCUUCCAGAUAUGACAGUUUCUUGUCGUUUGUACAUUUCUCCUCUUUCGUUCAAUAUGUUAAGAUAGAGGAAGGUAUCAGCACUUUAGUUUAAUGCAAGUCGUUCCACCAGUGAUUUCAGACUGGAACUCUUGCUGUUGGAUGAGAUUUGAUAGUUUUAUUGCCUCGUUUCCACACAAUGGGUCUAAUCCAUUUGGGGAAGUGACUUGUCGGCAGUGCAGGUUUGGUACCCCAAGCAUUAAUAACUAAAAUAAUGACUUGAACACAAUUAGACUUUUGCACUUCCAGUGUUGUGAUUAUAUUCGCUGUGAAGGCUAGCAGAACAGGCAGGAACAGCAAAAAAGGCCUCAAAAGUGCCUCAAAAGCACAAACACCUCAGUGCUGAUCGUUGCCUGCACUUUCAACAGGUCCUGUGCGUUUCCUUCUCACAUAUACUGUCACAAACAGAAGUACACAUGGGGUAUUUGCAACAUCUUCUCCUUUGGGAGACUUUGGCGUGGUAGAGAAGUGACUUUUAAAAUGGCUGUAUUGGAGAAUGAGGGUAAAAACACAGCCAUAAACAACCCGGUUAUAAAGUCUUGGUCACUGGUGUUAAGAUCUGUAAUGAACGGUUUUGUUAAAAAGACAAAGAGUGUACUGGUCUUGUACUGUAAACUCACUGUGUGCAACUCCUAGUUUUCUGACUAUGUCCCGUAAACAGUGAAAAUAAACAACUGGUGUCAUACAGGCAGCCAUUUGCAAGAGGCAAGGGUGAAAAUCUAUUAUAACACAAUUUUUAAAAAUCACUGGGGCAUUCCCUGGAAUCACUGCCGCUGCAAUCGCCAUUAAAUAAAUCAGUGAUUUGUUUUACACCCACAGAAAUAUUUCCUUGAUGCCGCUCUCUCCUCAUGGCCGUUCCAACAUGGCUGAGACAUUUGAGCUCGUUUCUCAGGUGGAUUUACCCCACUGUCGUGCAUUGGUGUUCCUCUUGAGACAGCUGGCUGUGACAGGCGUAUGUACUGCAGGGUGUCACACCUCUUGCUGCAAUAUAUAACGUAGAAAUAUGCAACUAAAACACAUUCAUCCAAAUUUUGUAAGAGAUGUGCAGAGGAGCAGGCAAGAUGUGGAAAUAGACUGGGAAGCCACGUCCACCUCAAAGCAGGAAAUUACAUUUCAAUACAUGUGGCUUUGGGGUUCUCCUUCCCUCACAUUAUCCAUCACAGCUUGUCUUUCAGCAUCUACCCAGUAUUACAGCCUCCACCUUUUCCUGCUUGUCAUCUCGCUGUAGCGUACAUUCAUUCACUGUGCCUGCUUAAUUGGUAGUUUUUUUGUUAUAUUAACAAAAGAAAGGUGGUAUAUUUUGCUGAUUAAAGCUGCAGUUUGUGAUGAAAUACAUUCACAAAAGGAGUUUGAUGGUUUUGUGCUCCUGAGGAAAAGGAACUCACUGCUGGCUUUGGCAGUAUAGGCAGUAUUGUAUGCUGUUGCUGUUAAAAAAAAAAAGGAACAAACAUUUGGGGGCCUGUGGGUGGUUUUGAUAUUGUCCCACGAUGUCCUCUGUUUGAGAGCUGAAGGACUGCAUGUUCUCAUUAACCCUACAGGACUGUUACCUACUAGUCCUACUCUCCUAGCAACUGCAUUUCCAUUAGGAUAGCCAAUUACAUUGUGUCUCAGACAGCUGUCAGUCAAUGUAUAGUGUGUUCAAAAUGUGAACUGACAGAUGUGGCUCUGACAGUGGUAAUGUCACUCAAAGCUAUAUUUACAUCUCAGGUUGCGUAUUCAAAAGGGAGGGAAGGGGGGGGGGUGCUCUAAUUUCUCCCUUUUCAUAAAGUUACAAGACAUGUUCUUAUGAGACCAGCUAAAGCUACACUCUCCAUAAUGCUCCUUCCUUUGCCAGUAUUUCAGGCAUUUCAGUCCCCCGACCAGUGAGCUUGCCGCUGUCUUCCAUGUGCUGAAGUGGUCCUGCAAGCCCUCAAUGCUGGAAUUGAUAGCGGAUCAAACUUGUUUGUGCCAUUUGCGUGGGCUUUAGAGGACAAACCCUUCUUUUGCCAACGCUCAUACUUUUGUGUCUUAUUGGCAGUGUUCAUCAGCGUCUACAAUGUGGGAAAGCUCAGUGAGCCUUUCCAUCCUUUAUGUGUGCUAUCCAGCGUUCUUCACUGAGUGUGCAGAAUGCAUGCGGCAUUUUUUUUCCCCCUGCGAUUGCUGAAAGUGAUUUGUGAUCAUUUUGGAAGAAAUAAAUCUCUUGUUUGUUUUAAAA